AUGCGUCGUCCGUCUUCGAAUGCAACAAUCAGUUCGGAUAUGUUGAGGAAACCCGUUCAGAUAACAGCUGAUCCCCGGGUUUAUAAAGGAUCAGUGUUUGCUAACAGAAGAUUGGCUCAUGAUAGAGCUCGUCAAGCUGAACAAGUCGAAUCGAAAGAGAAGAAAUAUCGAGUUGGAGUGAUCCGAGAACAACUGAACACCCUUCUUCCACGUGUUCCAGUUCCACGUAAAGUUCAUCAGACGACUGCAACAACAUCUUCUUUUCUUCCACCUGUACCCUCUAAAACACGGUCUACGUCUACAUAUCUUCCUGAUAUAUCUACAAGAAAUGGAUCUGCACUUAAUACUUCAAUUGACAAAGCAAGAGGAACCAAAUCAUUUGCAGCUGCCCGAUUUAUGCCGGUUUCUAGUACUAAAGUUGGCAAUGGGGACAUUCUUGGAAAUACUCAAGCAUUUGCUAAAGAAUCUUCAAGUACCCAAUUUCCAGUGAAAGUUGUUGUGAAUUUUGAACGGAGUUUACCUUCUGAUAUAUACGGAACUGGUGGUUCAGCUAUCAGAAGGCAUAGUAGACACGUGGCAUUAUCUCAAACUGCAACUCCUCCGUCGUCUUCGAGACCAGUGUAUCCGAUAGUUGAUAGUGGAGUUCAAACGGAUGACAAGUUCGAAGGUUUGGUAAAAGAAUUGGCCAACUCCGCAAUCGAAAUGGCUGCCAUCAACUUGGAGGCUGAGAACACAAUCCGCGCAAUGCGGAAAACGGCGGAAGCGACAGAGCAUGAGCUUCGUGCGGUGGCGCGUAAACAGAAUUUGGAGUCUGCGGAUUGGAGGAAAAAGAUGAUUGAAAAGAAUAACGAACUUGAAAGUUGGAAAUUACAAGAAGCUAAUGCUCGUGAAGCACAACGAUUAGCUCAGUUGACAUGUGAAGAAGUUACAAGGAAAACACUGGAAAACUUGCAAAUUAUUGAAAGAAACUCAAAGAAAUCUAUCGGAUUGGAUAAUAGAGAUAUGGUUCAAUAUGAAGAAAAGAGGGCUUUAGUGACUGCAGAACUGGAGAAAGACUUCUUCCCAUGGCUGUUACAUCGAGCAGAAAGACUUUUCAAAAAUCAAAUGGCAAGAGGCCAUCUUGAUCAUAGCAUGAUGAACGAGUUACAUUAUCGUAGAAAAAUGGAGAAAAAGAGAUUGAUCAGUUUGAAUUCAUACUCUUUAUAG